GCGGCGCCGCACCGCACGGCGCGGGCGGCCAUGGAGCGAGCCUAGGGCCGGGCAGGAAUUGCAGGAGGUACUACAAAGAAGACAUGGACCGGUGUGUAUGAUCAUGGAAUCUUCUUGCUAACAUCACCACCUGCUCUCCUUGAUAUGUGAGAGUCUGAGUCAGGGGGAAAGGAAAAGAGGUCAACAUGAAGCUAAAGCAGCGAGUCGUGCUGUUAGCAAUUCUUCUUGUCAUCUUUAUCUUCACCAAAGUUUUCCUGAUUGAUAAUUUAGAUACAUCAGCUGCCAACCGGGAGGAUCAGAGGGCUUUUCACCGAAUGAUGGCUGGCUUGCGGGUGGAGCUGAAACCCAAGCUGGACCACACCUUGCAGUCUCCCUGGGAGAUUGCAGCCCAAUGGGUGGUUCCCCGGGAAGUGUACCCUGAAGAGACACCAGAACUGGGGGCAAUCAUGCAUGCCAUGGCCACCAAGAAAAUCAUUAAAGCUGAUGUGGGUUAUAAAGGGACACAACUGAAAGCCUUACUUAUACUUGAAGGAGGUCAAAAAGUUGUCUUCAAACCUAAGCGGUAUAGCCGAGAUUAUGUGGUAGAAGGGGAACCAUAUGCCGGUUAUGAUAGACACAAUGCAGAGGUAGCAGCCUUUCAUUUGGACAGGAUUCUGGGCUUCCGUCGAGCCCCCUUGGUGGUUGGCAGAUUUAUUAAUCUGCGGACAGAGAUCAAGCCUGUUGCCACGGAGCAGCUGUUGAGCACCUUUCUAACUGUAGGAAACAAUACUUGCUUCUAUGGGAAGUGUUAUUACUGCCGAGAAACAGAGCCAGCUUGUGCCGAUGGAGACACGAUGGAGGGAUCUGUCACACUCUGGCUUCCAGAUGUGUGGCCUCUGCAGAAACACCGACAUCCAUGGGGCAGAACUUACCGAGAGGGCAAAUUGGCCAGGUGGGAGUAUGACGAGAGCUACUGCGACGCUGUGAAGAAAACGUCUCCUUAUGAUUCUGGCCCACGCCUCCUGGACAUCAUUGACACAGCUGUGUUUGAUUAUCUCAUUGGCAAUGCUGACCGCCAUCACUAUGAGAGCUUUCAAGAUGAUGAAGGCGCUAGUAUGCUCAUCCUUCUUGAUAAUGCCAAAAGCUUUGGGAACCCCUCGCUGGAUGAGAGAAGCAUUCUUGCCCCUCUCUAUCAGUGCUGCAUCAUUCGGGUUUCUACUUGGAACAGACUAAACUACCUGAAGAAUGGUGUGCUGAAGUCUGCCUUAAAAUCUGCCAUGGCCCAUGACCCCAUCUCUCCAGUGCUUUCUGGGCCUCACCUGGAUGCUGUGGACCCACGGCUGCUGAGCAUCCUGGCCACCGUGAAGCAGUGCACUGACCAGUUUGGGGUGGACUCUGUGCUAGUGGAAGACAGGAUGCCUCUCUCCCACUUGUAAUUUUCAACACAGAAUAUGUGAAACUUCUUUUUGCAAAGAUAGAAAAACAGCACAAUCAAUUCUAAAUGUAACAGAUGGAUUGGAAAUGGCCAGCAGCAAGUUCUGGCGAUAGGGGACAGGGUGGCCUUGGAUGUCUUUGGUGUUUUCCAUAGUAGAAACUAAAGCAAAGACUACAAGUUUCAGACCACAGAGCUGUUCCUGCUGAAUCACCUUUUGACUUCCUUGGCAUCAUCUGCCCAUUCUAGCAGUGGGCGGCAUGGUUAGUCUUAAUUUCUCAUGCCAAAGGACAAGCAGAGAAGUGACAUUGGAUAGGUUAAUGCUGGCAUUGUUUCUGGAGUGUGUGUUUUGAGUUAAACCUUACAGUCCUUUUCCCAAAUGUGUGGAUUUUCUGAAAACACUUUAGAGUCUCUUAUGUCCUUUUUCACCAGAGCUAGUCACAUUGGAAAGCUUACUGCCUCCUAAGGAGUGGCGGCAAAUAAAACCUUGCCUUCUUUUGAGCCGAGAUCGCACUCUCUGUUGGAGGGGACAUGGUUUUAGGUAGCAUUGAGAGGAGGGCAAAAGCAGGGAAGGCAUUUGGGCUUUUAAGCAGUUGGCUAGUGGUGCUUUUGAUGAUUCUUAGAGGAGGAAAGGAGAAAGGGAUCACUUGAUCUCCAGAAUCAGGGAGAUGAUUGAAUUUUAUACUGAGAUCAUUAGUGAAAACAGAUUCCCCUGAAUUUAGGUUCUUCAGGUGUGUAAAAAACAAAGAUGGCUUUGUACCUAAGUAAAGUCUUCAUUCUCACAGUUUUGUCCAAAUUGGUCAAAUAAUUGUCUCUAAAGAAAAUAUUUUACAUCCCAAGAAUGAUUCUCUUAUGGAGACUUUUUUUCCCCCUUUUGCCCAAAGCAGGCAAAUCCUUUCUUAAUUAACAAAGCAAACUGAAAUAAUACCUUGAGUAAGAGUCAGGUUGCCUGUGUUCUCUGCCAUCUUCAUUUCUCUUCUGAACCGAAUUUCCACAUCUGCCUUUAAGGCAUUUGGACAUUGAAGCUGCUGCUCCCAAGAGACUGACAACCCUGUCCGUGCCUUUCUUGUGAGAAAAGCCAGCUCACUCCUACAGAUAGUAGUGCACGUCCUGUUGGUGGCUGGACUUAGCUUACGAUUUGGGCCAUGCAAAAGACUGGCAACAAAGAUUUUAAGCCUUCUGAGCCUUGAAAUUAAGGAAGUUACCAUGAGGAGCCUUAAGAUUUUGAUUUAUAUCAAACCCUAAUUUCAUUAUUCAGUCUCUGUUGGAGUUCUGAACCCACGAUGUGGUACUGUCCUUCCACCUCUUAGCAUAUUCACAUUUCAAGUUACUAAACCACCAGUGCAUUUUUGUGUUCUGGCAAAGUGAUUUGACAUGUAAGCAGCUGCAGUGAAAGACUGGGCCAGAAGGCAACAUGCCUGGUGCACCCACUCAACCUGUGCUCAGAGCUGUAUGUUUUUCUCUCCUGCAUCUUGUCUGGGUGCUGUUCAAGUUUUUUACUUCUGUCCAGCAGAGACUAAUAUUUUAAACAGUGCGGUUGAACAAAUUUUAUGUCAGCCAUUGGAGAUCAACUUUAGGCAACCACACUUAAAAAAAAAAAAGCUUUAGGAUUUGUGCGCUAAUUUUCUCCUAUUGAAAGAUAACCGAGUAACCUGUAACUACUUUAAAAUAGCAUGAAAUUGGAGGUACUUUUGUACUUUGUAUAUUUGUUUUAAGGUGGGCAUGGGCUGAGUUAUAAAAAGGGUAUUGAAUUUAAGAUGUCAGAUAUUAGCACAGAACUGAAGGAGUAUUAACAAAAGGAGGCACUGAUUUCCAUUUUCAGGCCAUUUACUAUGUGUGUCCAGGGACAUGCACAAUUUAGCUUGAGAAUACUUUAGAUAGUGCUUAUCCUACAGCUUCUGGGAGACAGCUGGAAGGAGACAGUAGGAAGGAUGUCAUCUCUGUUCUCCUUGAUAAUGUUAGUUGAACUAAAUUGUGAAUUAAUGUCCUUUCAAACACAUGAUGCCACACAGUGUGCCACACUGGAGUAAGUCACAGCUUCCCAAACUGGGAACUUCAUUUAUAAUGUUGAAGGUAGAAGAUUCUGCUAACGAAAAAAGCAGGUGGGAAAGCUGCUUUGAAAAACGUCUCAUCCUUUCUUCAAAAUAUUGCCGAAAAUAUAUCAUUUAAUUCUCUCCCUACUAAUUUCAAAUUCUUGACUUUAAAAAUGUUCAGAUCCAUUAUAGUUAAAGCUAGAAUUAUGAUAAUAGAGUGGUAUGACAGUACAGAUUUAUUUCCUGAGUCAGGAUUGGAUUAAGCUGAAAAAGUACAUAGAGGUGAGACUUGGAGAAAACAACCAUAAGUUUACAGCCCUAAAGUUCAAAAACAGUACAUUCUGUUAGAAAAAAGGGGUAGCUAUGUUUUUAAAGUUUCAUAACGCUAUCCUUCUAAUGGUUUAUUUAUUAGAAUCUAGCGCUAUUACAAU